CUCACUUUUCGCAAAAAAAUGUUAAGACUGUCUGUAUAGGUCAGAGAGAUCAGAGAUACUUCCUGUUGAUAGUUUCUUACUCAAAAAUAUGUCAUUUGUUCAAGACUCUUCAACGUGAUAAGCAGAGAGGAUGGGAGGUCCUUUCUGAAAAGAAAAAAAAUCACCCUCACUUCCUAUUUCAACACUUUUAUUCCGAAAGUUAUGAACAGCUCGACCUCUAUGCACACCGCUCUGGUAGGAUGUGGCAACCAGAGCACUGAGUGAGUGGUUUGGUGUUGUUUCUGUCUCUUUUCUAAUCACACGCACAGACACCAUGAACAAUACCAACAAUAGUUCCGGAGCUAUGAGUUAUGAGUAUGCAGCCUCUGCCACAGUGUAUGGUUGCGUGUUGGUGCUGGGACUGCCGCUCAACGCCGUGUCGCUGUGGAUUCUGCUCCGCCGCCAUGGCCUCAAAUCCUCCAGUGCUGUCUUCAUGAGCCACCUGGCUCUGUCCGACCUGCUGCUGGUGCUCUCCCUGCCCACCCGGGUCUACUUCUACACCACGGGCACCUGGCCCCUGGGCAUCCAGGCCUGCACCGCCACCACCAUGCUGUUCCGCAACAACAUCCGCUCCAGCGCCAUCUUCAUCACCUUCAUUGGCCUGGACAGGCUGCUGGCUGUGGUCUUCCCUCUGAGGUCCCGCCACCUCCGCACCACCACCAACGCCUGGAAGGCCUGUGUCUUCGUCUGGCUCCUGAUCGUGGCGGUCAACAUCCCAGAGAGCCUCUACCAGAUCCGUCGGAUGAAGAGCUGUAAUGCCAAUAACGUCUGCUUUGAGUUUACAACUAGUGGAUGUGCUGUGGGGUUGCCGAUCGUUGGUUAUGUGCAGUCUGGGCUGGUGUUCGCCAUGCUGGGGGUCAACGUGGUCUCCUCCGCCAUGGUGUCCUGGAAGCUACGCGGGCACCUCAGCGAUGCCGCCAAGGUCAACAACAAGAUGAACGUCAUGCUGAUCUUCACCAUCAACCUUCUGAUGUUUAUUGUCUUCUUCCUGCCAUUCUCCAUCGUGCUAACGCUCAAAAACAGGGUGGCUGUCAUGCCCAUGUUCUGUCUGGCCAGCGUCAACUGCUGUCUAGAUCCACUGUUGUACUACUUCUCUUUAGAUGCUUUCUGGAAGAAGAAAGAGGGUUCUGACAUGGAGGUUUCUCUGGCCAGAUCACAUGAAAGUAGAUGAGGGGUGAGUACACAGUGAGUGAGAAACCACUAUCAGUGGAGAGAGUUUGAGGUAAAGGCAUCAAAAUGUGUUCCUAAAUAUGCCACAAUUUAUAGUUAAAUGUAAAAUGAUAUUUUGUCAAUUUACAUGUUACAGUUGAGUUGUUUUUUUGGUAACAAUUAAUCUCUUCUGCUAUAUAAGUUUAAUUGCGCUCAUCUGUACUUUUAAGAUGUGCUCAUACAAUGAAUAUGUUUUAUACAAUAAACACUUUACAACCUCU